CUACGGUGGUUCCUGGAGCAGCUGGGGGGUGAGGUGGGCACCCAACGCAAGAAGAUGCGCUUGGCCAACGAGGAGGAGAUCGACCGUGCCGUCUACGCUUGGUUCCUCGCCCUCCGCCAGCAUGGCGUCCCCCUCUCCGGGCCCCUCAUCCAAGCUCAGGCUGAGGCCUUCGCCCGGCAGAUCUACGGCCCCGAAUGUACCUUCAAGGCCAGCCACGGGUGGUUCUGGCGCUGGCAGAAGCGUCACGGCAUCUCCAGCCAGCGCAUCUAUGUGAAACGGGUCACCGUGCUCCUGGCCGCCAAUUUGACCGGCUCCCACAAGCUCAAGCCGCUGGUGGUCGGGGGCCUUCGUGAUCCCCCCAGCCUCCGCCAUCACAACCAGGACAAAUUCCCCGCUUGCUACCGCUACAGCCCCGAAGCCAGGUUGGGGCCGGCCCUUCUCCGGGCUUGGUUCUUUGAGGACUUCGUGCCGGGUGUCAAACGCUACCUGCGCCGCAGCUGCCUGCAGCAGAAGGCCGUGUUGCUGCUUAGCUCACCGUCACCCCCUUCUGGGGCAGGCCCUGAGGAGUCCCCUCCGCUGCAAACACCCGAUGGCUCCAUCCGCGCCCUCUUCCUCUCCAAGGGCCCCACCGGGAGCGGCACAGCCGGAGGGGGAGGCCGAAUCCCGGCCCCGCUGGAGCAGGGAGUGGUUUCCACCUUCAAGCAGCUCUACAAGAGGGAAUUGCUGCGCCUGGCCGUCUCGUGCGCGGGCGGCGGCGGCAGCUCGGGUAGCCCCAUGGACUUUGUGCGGUCCUUCCUCCAGCAUGGAGACGCCCCGUGCGGGGAGGAAGGCGGCGGCGGGGACAGCAAAGUCUUUAGCGACCUGACCCACCUGGCUGCGUUGGCCUACAAGCGCUUGGCUCCCGAGGAGGUGGCCAGCUGGUUGCACUUGGACGAUGCGGCCCCGGGUACAGAGGAGGACAAUGGGGAUGAAGAAGCUGAGGAGGAAGGCCCCGGGGGCUGCGAGGCAGAGGAGGAGGAGGAGGAGGCAGCUACCGGAGAUGGGGGUGGCAAAAGGGGUGGGGAAGGAGGAGACGCCUUGCUGCCAACAGCUCGGGAAGCCAUCAAAGGUCUGGAGACGGCGCUGCGCUGGUUGGAGGGUCAGGACCCCCGGCAAAUCAUGACACUGCUGCAGAACCAACGUUGA